CAGCUGUUUUCCCUCCAGCUCUGAAAGGUGAAACUGUGUCAAGCAAUGCAAAAAUUGUCUUGAAGCUCGUGCAUGUGUAUGUCUGUGUGUCUGUGUGUGGGGUGGGGUGGCCUGUCAGCCCCGAGGACAACGUGAAUCAGAAGUCAGAAAGGGUGGUGUAAAGGAAUUCAUUAGCCAUGGAUGUAUUCAUGAAAGGACUUUCAAAAGCCAAGGAGGGAGUCGUGGCUGCUGCUGAAAAAACCAAACAGGGUGUGGCAGAAGCAGCGGGAAAGACAAAAGAGGGUGUGCUCUAUGUAGGAUCCAAAACUAAGGAAGGAGUGGUUCAUGGUGUGACAACAGUGGCUGAGAAGACCAAAGAGCAAGUGACAAAUGUUGGAGAGGCAGUGGUGACAGGGGUGACAGCGGUAGCACAGAAGACAGUGGAAGGAGCAGGGAGCAUUGCAGCUGCCACUGGCUUUGGCAAAAAGGAUCAGCUGGGCAAGAAUGAAGAAGGAGCCCCCCAGGAGGGAAUUCUGGAAGAUAUGCCUGUGGAUCCUGACAAUGAAGCUUAUGAAAUGCCUUCCGAGGAAGGGUAUCAGGAUUAUGAACCAGAAGCCUAAGGGGUAUCUUUGCUCCCAGUUUCCUGAGAUCUGCUGACAGACGUGCCAUCCUGUCCAAGUGCCCCGUUCCCACCUGCCCAGUCGUGACCUUCUCUCAACGCUUUCACAGUGUCUUUUGAAGUCUUCCAUGAGCAGUGACUGGAGUAUCUGUACCCGCCCCACCUCGGUUCCGGUGCUUCCCUCUCACUGAAUAUAUGGUAGCAGGGUCUUGUGUGCUGUGGCUGUUGUGGCUUCGAACCUAAAAUGUUUAAUGAAAAACACCUAAGUGACUACCACUUAUUUCUACAUCUAUUUUUUGUUGCUGUUGAAAAAUUGUGAGUGAUUUACUCUCCUAAGAUUUAAAAGUGUCUUUUCAGGAUUCCGUCGAAGAAUAAUGACGUAUGGCGAAAUUUGUUAAUAUAUACAAUACUUAAACAUGUGAGCAUGGAACUAUGCACCUAUAAAUAUUAACUAUAGAACGUUACUGUUUUGUGAUGUGUUUUGUUAACUUGCGUUUGUAUAUAAAUGGUGGAAAUUAAAAUAAAACGUUAUCUCCUUACAA